AUGUCCGAGAAGUACAAUCGCCCGGCGCAGCCUCCACCUGCAUACGUGGACCAGAGUCAAGCGCAGCAUCAACAACCUGAGAACUCAGGUUCCAACCCCCAAGAGCAGCAACAGCAGUACCAAUUCCGUCAGGACCAAUACUACAACCUAGAAUCCAAGGGCUCCGGUGCGCCUGUCGGUACCUUCGAUGAGCAGUUCCCCACAGAAAAGCGGGCGCGUUUCAACGACUGGCCAUUCACGUUGUUCUUUCUAGCUACUGUGUGUGCGUUCAUCGUAAUGGCGUCCAUCACGCUGCGCGCAUGGGCACGCACUUACUCUUCCACCGGGUCGGGCAUCUACGACGGCUCGAAUACAGGCACCAUGAAUACAGGGUCCGCAAUCCUGCUGGUGUUUGUGUGCGCAAUUGCGCUUGUGUUGUCUGCAGUGGGGCUCAUACUCAUGCGUAUUUCACCUCGAACGUUUAUUUACUGCGGAAUGAUAAUUAACAUUCUCGCGGGGCUCGGUACUGCAAUCGCAUACCUAGCAAUGCGCUAUUGGUCUGCCGGUAUCGUGUUUAUCAUCUUCACAGCAAUCACCGCUUGGUGUUACUGGGGUAUGCGCUCCCGGAUCCCACUAAGUGUAGCGAUUCUCAAGACUGUCGUUGACGUGCUCAAACGGCAUCCGCAAACGUUGUUCGUGACGUUUUUCGGAUCAGUUUUGGCCUCCGGCUUCGCCAUGCUGUUCUCGGCUGUCAUCGUAGCCACCUACAUAAAAUACGACCCAAAACAGGGUAACACUGGCUGUUCAGUGGAUGGUGGAUCAUGUUCUAACGCUAAGCUAAUUGGGCUGCUUGUUCUAGUGUUUUUCUGUGGGUAUUACAUCUCGGAAGUCCUCCGGAAUGUGAUCCAUUGCACCGUUUCUGGAGUUUAUGGGAGCUGGUACUACAUGUCCAAAUCUGAUCAAGGUAUGCCACGUUGGCCAGCACUUGGAGCCUUCAAGCGCUCAAUGACCACUGCAUUUGGUUCUAUUUGUUUCGGAUCCCUCAUCGUGUCGUUAAUCGAAACUCUUCGUGCCUUCCUACAGCUAUUGAGGAACGGCGUUGUGACUAAUAUUUCCAACAACGGGUGGGCUCAAUGUGGAUUCAUGAUCAUAGACUGGAUUAUGGGCUUCCUGCAAUGGCUUGCCAAGUAUUUUAACCACUACGCCUACUGUUUCAUCGCCUUGUAUGGUAAACCUUACUUACGUGCUGCCAGAGAAACCUGGUACAUGUUAAGAGAAAAAGGUAUUGAUGCCCUCAUCAACGACAACUUGAUCAACAUUGCGCUAGGUUUCUACUCCAUGUUUGUGAGUUACCUUGCGGCUCUGUUCGCCUUUUUGUAUUUGCGAUUCACGUCUCCAAGUUACAACUCUUCUGGCGGUUACAACGUGCCUUUAAUGGCUUUUUCCUUUGUAAUCGCUCUGCAAAUUUGCAAUAUUGCAAAUGAAACAAUUAGGUCAGGAACAGCCACAUUCUUCGUUGCCCUUGGGAAUGACCCAGAAGUGUUCCAUAUUUCAUAUCCCCAAAGAUUCGAUGAAAUAUUCAGAGCGUAUCCGGAUGUACUCAAAAAACUCAGUCACCAAAAUGUUUGA